AACAACUGCUUUUUAGAUUGAAAUGUGUUUCUCCCACUCUCCACCUAAACGUCUGUUUUGGGGUUAUGGGAAUGAAAUUUCCCGAAAAGGGCGGUUUGCUUUAACGCAGCAACAAAUGCCGGUGCACCGUUUAUUUGGACUUUUGUCUGAAACAAGAGCUAGCGUGACUUUGUCUUUGUGAAAACAUACAUGAGCACAUUUGAAAUGAGCUGAACACAUUUUCAGCAAGCAGAACUGUACAUGUCACGCGUUGCAGAAGCACGAAAUAAAAUGACAGCAGUAAAUUACAGAGACUCGUAUAACAUGCACAUGCCCCUGUUUCCUUGCGCGUGCGUGCAUGCGCGCCGUGCUGAAGUGUGGCUCGAGCUCCGAGUCCCUCCAGUCCGCCCAGAGAGAUGGAGAGAGACCUGUAACACGCCACCGGCACAUUAACAGCGAACCGGGCGAGAGCCAACGAGCAGCUCGUCAGGGAUCUCGUCAAUAACAUCCAGUUAACAAGCACAGUUAGCUUACACAGAUGACAUUCUCUUAAGGAAAAUGCCAGGAUUGAAAAAUCGCACCACAUGGGCCCCGCUUUUGCUGAAAACAUCCGACAUCACUUCCUGUGCAAACGGCUGCUCUCUGGGCAUCACGGCUCACCUCACAUACGUGAAUACUGAUCCUGAACCCGUAGAGGGUGUGUUUGUGUAUCCUCUGGUGGAGAAGGAGGUUGUGGUGGCGUUUGAGGCAGCGGUGUCUGGCAGGCUGGUCAGCGUGGAGCUCCAGAGCCGUGGGAAGCUAGAAGACUGCUGUCUGGACUGCUGCCCAGGAUCGGCGCUGCACACUCAGUGUGGUCACAGCAAGGAGUGGGGAUGCUGUGGAGGAACAGGUCUGGAGAUGCAGUGCUCCAACGGUUUUCUGUUGCUGGAUGAGGACCUAGAGAGGAGCACUUUCAUUGUGAGCACAGGUCUGAUUGGACCGCUGGAAAUUGUGUCGGUUGUCAUCAGCACCACCCUUGAACUUCCAACACUUGAAAACGGCGCGAUCCGUCUGGUUUAUCCCACAGUGCUCACACCUAUAGUAAGAUCACGAAUCCAACCAGGAAAGAGUGAAAAUUGGGGGAAAUCAGACGAGAACAGCCCCACUACGUGCUUUGGCAGCGUGUCUGGGAAGCAGGAGAGGAUGCUGGGAGUCGGGCAGCAGUGCACACACGCUCUGCUCACCAGCCCUGCCACAAACCUCUCGCCUUAUCAGCUCAGCUUCCGGCUGCUGGUUCGAGGAGCCUGUCUGCUGGCCGGUCUGGAAAGCCCUACCCAUGCCCUGCGUGCAGACGCUGACCCCAGUGCGCAGUCGGCAUCUGCAACCUACAUCACGCUGGCAGAGGAGCAUUCAUGUGACCGACACCUGGAAAUAAUACUACACCUCAGUGAGCCUCACAGCCCAUUGGUCAUCCUAGAGAGGGGCCGACUCACAUUUAGUGAGUACGAGCAGCACAUCCGUGCUCGACGUGAUUUCAUUUGUUUCGCCCGGAAAGAGGCAGAAUCUGAAAAGAGGCUGGAGUUUGUGCGAAGACGUUAUCACAAGGAUCUGCUCUUGAACCCCGUCCUGAUGCUCAACUUCUGCCCAGAUUUGCUGUCAGAACCAACAGAGCUGCAGCAGGCCAGCAGAGAGCUCAUCUUCCUCAUUGACAACAGCAACGCAAUGACACAGCACAACAUCAACAAGAUCAAGGAGGGCAUGUUGGUGGCUAUCAAGAGUCUGCCGACCCCCUCUAUGCUGAACAUCGCUGGCAUCUGCACUUCAGUCAAGCCUCUUUUCAUUUCCAGCAAGCUUUGCACAGAUGGCACAGUGACUCAGGCAUUGGAGUACAUCCAGAAGAUUCGCACAGACCAAGGUGGUGCUAACCUGUGGGGGGCACUGUCCUGGGUUUAUCGGCAGCCCGUCCACCGCAGCUGCCCGCGACAGCUCUUCAUCAUCAUGGAUGGAAGCUGCAGCAAUGUCGGCCGCGUGCUAGAACUGGUCAGGAGGAACGCCUGUAAUGUCAGGUGUUUCGGUCUGGGUCUUGGUUCUCAGGCCUGUCGGAGGCUACUACAGGGUGUUGCCAAGGUUACAGGAGGCAGCACAGAGUUUCUCAGUGAGGAAGAAAGGCUUCAGCCAAAGUUGAUUAAAUGUCUAAAGAAAGCUCUGGAACCUGUGCUGACAGACGUAAGGAUUGACUGGUAUGUGCCAGACAACGUGGAGGCCCUUCUCUCACCCAAUGAAAUUCCUCCGCUCUACCCUGGCAACUGCCUGAUUGGCUAUUGCACUCUGUUUGAUGUGUCUGGAUUCAGGGCCCAGAAAAGUGAGGUCAAGCCUCGUCCAUACAGAAGCCGUCCGCAAGGUUCAGCUGGGUCAGUUUUCGAGCUCUCUCCCUCAGCAUCUGAGCUACUUCAGCCUCUGGUUCCUCCGGAGGAACGAGAGAGAGAUGCCGUAAAAGAGUGCGUGGUGGAGGGAGACUUUGAGGAAGCGCUGAGGGAAAUUUCACGAGAAAUCUCUUCCGAAUUCUCUUGCGCACACGCCACAGAUAAUGCAAUCAGCCCUAUUGGCGACGCUGAAUACUGCCCCAGUGAUGUGCGCUGGCGUAUUCAACAGGAUUCGUAUGUCCAGGAUCAGUACGUGUUGACACACUGUUCUCUGAGCAGUGAGAAGGUCUUCUCGUCCGUUUCUCCCCAAGCGGAGAGCUCUGUGCUGGGCAUGGGUUCUCUACCACAUGGCUUGGAGAGAAUGGAGCCCACACAGGGUAGAGGACUCUCACGCUGGGAAUCUCCGUGGACUCACAACACCACCACUUCAGGGGACACCGAUUCUGCGUCAGGGAAGGCUGGCAAGCUCUUAGAUGAGUCUCGUCGCAGGCAGAAGGCACUAGCUCGCUCUGCUCUGGCUGGCCGAAGUUUCUCAUCUCCGCAGGGUGACCUGGACAUGCACCGGCUCAGGAGGGCGCUCGAGAAGGUCUCAUUUGAGCAGGCCGUAGGGGGCCGACUGGAGGAGAGCGACACAGACACUCACAACACUUCACGAGGAGGUCUAUCUCGCCCCAGUCUAACAGACUCCAAUGGCCUCCUGUUCCCCGCUUCCCCACUAGACUGGGACAACUUCACUGAUCCUGAAUGCCUAUUUUCAGCCGCUCCUCCAGGCGAGUUCCAGGCUUCUGGGGCCGAGUGUCGGUCAGUUAUUCAUGGCAUGCUGGGAGGAAGGGCCGUGUCCUGGGAGGUCCGUGUGGAUCUGUCUCUUCUGUGGGACACGGAGAGUUCAGCAACCCUGUCAAGCAACACUGGGUCCUGGAACGAGAUCAUCCACCAACUGACCGCCAGAUCUGUCAUCAGAGACUUUGAAAACACGGCUGAGAAAGAAACGGAUAUAGAAGUUGAAAAAGGUCCUUCCAAACGGUACAGAAUAAAAGCGAUUCAGACUAGCAAAAGCUGUGGAAUUGUCUGCAUGUACACUAGCUUCACCACCACAGAGACCAACGCGAGAAACCAACCCGAGAGCACACACUUACGAAACACAGGUGUGUUGUUUGGGACCAGACACUCUGGCAGCAGAAAACAGAAGUUGUGCUCAGUGGGAUUUGGGCGCCGUCCCUCCAGCAGAGCCAGUGAAGAAACAGAAGAUACACACACUGCCCCAGACAGAGACGAUACACCUGCAUCCCCUUGUAGCAUGACAUCCUGGGACAGCAGCACAGGAGGAAGCAUCAGUCCAUCUGCGGUGUCUUCACGCUCUCAGCGCUCUGUAGAGAGUUUCUUCGGGUCCAAGUUCAAUUUGGGCAGACUAAAGGGCAAUAAUGGAAAACAAGCUCCUCUCAAAUCUCACUGUCUUUCUGCAGAGACUGACAGGCACAUAGAGACAGAUACGCCUGACUACUUGCCCCUGGUUCUCCUACAGUUGGCAUCAGGUGCAUUUCUGCUGUCUGAAUCCUACUCUGGGUGCAUCCAGAUCCCUCUGGACCGCCUGAAAAGAGCGUCCCCAUACCUGAGCCACCGCAGCAGUCUGAGCCCCCCUUUCCGUUGUACCUCACCACCCACGUCUGCGAGACACAUGCGAGACUCGUGGUCCUAUCCUUUGGAGGAAGGCUCUCCAAAAUUGGUAGGCGGAGUCACACAGGCUGACAGUGGGCGGGGGUCUGAGACUGACACUUGUGAAGGUCCUCCAUCGGAUCUUGCAGAAACCCACGGAGAGGAACUGGCGCAGAUGGACAUAGAGAGCUCAAGCUGGGCCACGGCCGUGGCUCUUGCCUGGCUGGAGCACCGCUGCGCUGGGUUUUUCGUGGAGUGGGAACUAGUGGCUGCUAAGGCAGAUUUCUGGCUGAAGUGUCAGUCGCUGCCAGAGGGUGUUGACCUGGCAGGGUUGAGGGCAGCAGCCAGGCAGCUUUUCCUGCUGUUGCGUCACUGGGAUGAAAACAUCAAACUGAAUGUGCUCUGCUACAACCCCAAUAACAUGUGAGAGGAACCAAAAAAAACAUAUGAGCCAACAGGAUUUGAAGUUUGAAGUUUUUUAAAUUUUUAAGUUUUCAUUUAAGAUGUACUUCAAAAUGGAGAUAAAGGAUUGCGAGAUGUGUUCCAGUUUUCCUCAUGCCCAGACCACAAUACUGUACAAGCUUGCCUUAAUCUUUGGGCCUCAGUCUAAUUAUGCAGUAGAAUGUAGUUCACUGCAAAUAUGACAGCACUUUAUCCUAGCAAUAGCAUAACGACUAGUAUGGGAUGCUUUGUGAAGCCAAUCACCAAACAUAUACAGUAGAGCAGGCCAAAAUGACACAUUCUUGCCUUAACUUACACUACUGUUCAAAAGUUUUGGAUCAGUAAGAGGUUGAAAUUAAUCAAAGGUGACUAAAGAUUUACAAUGUUACACUUAACUGAUUUUAAGUAAAUGUUCUUUUGAACUUUCUACACAUCCAAACAAUAAUAGGUAGUACAACUGGAUUCAACAUUAAUAUGCAGACAAAAUGUUUUAUAAAUAGCCAAUGAGCCUAAUACAAUGAUUUCUGAAUGAUCAUUUGACACUGAAUGCUGGAGUAAUGAUGCUGAAAAUUCAGCUUUAUAAAAUCACAUUAAUAAAUUACAAUUUAAAAUAUAUUAAAAUAGAGAACAUUUAAAAUUGUAAUAAUAUUGUAUUUUUGAUUAAAAUAAAUACUGCCUUUAAGAGCAUAAAUGACUUCCAUUUUAAACAUCUUACUGACCCUAAACUUUCGGACAGAAUUGUAUAACAGUUGCUUGAUUUUGAUUAAUCUAUUUCUUACUAUAGUCACAUUUGAAACUUUUUUUUUUUU